AUGGUGAAACGCCGCAGGAAGACGCGCACCCACCUCAAGGGGCCAAACAACUCGGCUGCCACAUCCACCUCUGCGCCGAAAUCAUUCAUCAUACGCACCGGCAAAGUAGCACGAUCCGUGUCCAGCUUGGUGCAAGACACACGAAAAGUGAUGGAGCCCAACACGGCAACGCGACUGCGAGAGCGCAAUUCGAACAAGCUCAAAGAUUUUAUCAGCAUGGCUGGUCCGAUUGGCGUUACUCAUCUGCUGAUCUUCGGUCAGACGGAUGCGGGGACGAAUCUGCGCAUCUUGCGUGCUCCGCGUGGACCGACACUGACGUUCCGGGUGAACAAGUAUGCUCUGUCCAAGGACGUUCAGGCGAGCAGUCGUCGACCUGCUCCGCCAGGUAGCGAGUUUGUCACGCCGCCUUUGCUGGUGCUCAACAAUUUCGGAGGAGAGGAACGACAGAUCAAGCUGCUCGUAGCGACAUUCCAGAAUUUGUUCCCACCGAUCCAGGUGCAAUCGAUGAAACUCAGUCAAGCACGAAGAAUCGUUCUGCUCAACUACAACUCGGCCACCGGUACAAUCGAUUGGAGACACUACCUCAUCUCGGUCCGACCCGUCGGUGUAUCCAAAUCGGUUCGAAGGGUGGUUGAAGGCUCGCGUUCCACCUCGCGCUCUUCGCGCGCCAAGCUGCCGGACCUGUCGUCCACCCAAGACAUUUCAGACUAUGUGCUUGGUCGAACCACGUCCACCUCUUGCACCAACGGCGAGUUCGAGACCGAUGCAUCCGAAGCCGAGUCUGAAGCCGAAGACGUCGCUGAUCCACGCAACAAGGUUCAUCUUCACGACCGCUAUGUUGGUCGAGGCAAUGCGGCCAACACGCAAAAAGCGGUGCGUCUGCGCGAGAUCGGGCCUCGAAUGGAGCUCAAGCUGGUCAAGAUCGAAGAAGGAUGCAACCAAGGAGCGGUUCUAUUCCACGAGUAUGUGAAGAAGACGGCGCACGAGGAAGCGCAAUUGCAACGUGAACACAUGGAGAAGCUCAAGCUGCAAAAGCAGAGGAGGGAGCAACAGCAGGAGAAUGUGGAGAGAAAGAAGCACGACAAAGCCGAACUUCGAAAGGCCAGUCGAAGGAAUGCUGGACUCGGCUCUGAAGAUGACGCCACCGACGGCUCGCAUGACGAGCAAGAGGAAGAAAAUGACGAGGAGGAAGAUGAGUUUGCGUAUGAAGACCAAUAUGGUGAUCACGCAAAUGACGACCAGAUUGACGAAGACGAAGAACUAUUCGACGAUGCUCAACUGUCUUCGGACAACGACCGAGAGCAAGACGACGACGACGACGAUGACGACGAUGACGACAAUGACGAUCCACCCACAUGGAUCCCUUCACGCAGCGCAUCAGGCGGCUACGACAAUCCUCCUGGCGUCGACCCUCACUCGGACGAUUCCGACCUGGAACCCAUCCCGUUAGGCGGCAUGCAGCACGACUACAGCAGCGCCGAAGACUGGCCCGAAUACUCCGACGACGACGACACACCAGCACCGUCAGCAGCAACAAACCAAUCCAAGUCCACCGCCGCCUCCAAGACUUUGUCCAAACCCAAAUUUGCCGCAGCAUCACAGCGCAAAAAAAGCCGUCGAUGA